UGUAAAUAAAGUGCUGUUCUUCUUAUCGAGCAAUAAUAAAAUUUAUUUGAAUCUCACGAGUAUGAGCACUUAAUUACUAUCUUCUUCUCUUCGAAAAUGAGACAGCAAUUUAGCGUGGAAAUCAAGUGCUCUUCGAGAAAUAAGUCUUUAGUGUAAGUUUAGUCGUGAAAUGGAUGAGAAGGAACUUGACAACGUGCUGCAACAAACAAAUGACAAUAAAAAAUGGUAUCAAAAGAUAUCAGUGGAACCGACAAUGUUCCUGUACAUGAUGGCAUUUAUGCUGACGUCUGUGGUUGAGAAUGUCUUUUUUGUGUAUAAAUCAUGCACUGUCAAUCACGGAUAUUCGCAUGAAAUUUGUAUAAAUAUUGAAAAGUACAAUGAGACAAAAGCGGAAGUCCAACAAACGACAACAAAGUUCCUGCAGUAUAACUCAAUUGCUGGUCAAAUUAUUCCCAUCAUGCUUGCGCUUUUUAUUGGUUCAUUUUCGGAUAGAAGAGGACGCAAGUUACCGCUCGUCAUGGGGUUAAUUGGAAAGUUCGUUUAUUCAUCAAUGAUUGUUGUCAAUAGCUUGAUGACAACCUGGCCUGUUGAGUACAUAAUAUAUACAGCAACAAUUCCAAGCGCAAUGACUGGUGCAGACGUAGCUAUUUUCGCGAGUGCAUUCACAUACAUCGCUGAUAUAAGCACACAAAAUGAUCGUACAAUGAGAAUAACAAUUUUGGAUGUCGUUUAUCUAUCUACAAUGCCUUCGGGAGUCUUCAUCGGCAAAUAUCUUUACAACCACUUGAGCAAAUCCUUUACUAAAAUGUUUAUAAUCAAUGCGUCGCUUCUAUUCUUAUCUAUAUUGUAUUCACUCAUCAUGUUAGACUGGCAGACAACGCAAAAGCAACGACCUUUAACAGAAAUUCCCAAACGACAAUGGCUUACAGAUUUCUUUGAUAAGAAGCACUUCCAACAGUCAAUAAGGUCAUUGACAAAGAAAAGAGAUUUUAAUUACCGAACUUAUCUAAUUUUGAUGAUGGUUUCUAUGGGACUUUAUGCUAUACAGCGUGAUGAAAAGAGAUACUUGUUCCUAUUUGCACAGUACAAACUUAAUUGGACGACCGAUGUUUACAGUGAUUUUAGAACGUUCCAGUCUGCUUCAUAUGUUUUAGUCAUGCUGAUUGCUGUUCCUAUUUUUAACAAAGUUCUCAAAUGGAAAGACACAAUAAUUGUUGCGAUUGGAGCUUGUGGACAUGCUUUUGGACGAAUGUUUUUUGUUUUUGCACCAAGCACUGCUUUUAUGUAUGCCGGUGCAACUGUUGCUAGUUUUGGCCCCAUCGUCGCACCAGCCCUCCGUUCAAUUACAUCAAAAUUAAUUCCAAGUGAUGAGCGAGGCACAGUCUUUGCCUUACUCUCCGUUUGUGAUAAUGCCAUGCCACUAAUUUCAGGGAUCUUUUAUUCUCAAAUUUAUUUAGCCACUAUGAAAACAUAUCCUGCAGCUAUUUUUUGGCUAACGAUAUCCUCACAAGUAUUAGUAUUCUCCUGCAUAAUGUUUAUCCAUUUCAACAGACGAAAGAGGGAGCACGAUGAACAAAAGAAGCUCAAUGAUGAUGCUUUAAUUGAGCAGUCACCAGAUAAUGCAGAGAGUUUAGAUAGUAAAUAGUCUAGAACUUAAUUUUUUACUAAGGUUGUCUAAAAUCUGUAGCGAUUCAUGCAAUUUCUAAAAUAACAGUUUUUUAAAAUUCAAAAAAUAUGUUUUCAGAACCUCACAACAAUAGAAAAUUUUUCCAAAACUUUACAAUUGCAAAAUUUUAACUGAAUUUGUAGGGGUUUAUACAGAAAAC